AUGCAGGAUAGAGACUUCGACGAAGAUCCUUUCUCAUCUCCAUCGCCUGCCCAAAAUCCGAUGGAACAAGCUGCACCUACUCGAUCUCGCCGAGCGCAAUCCACACCCGGUUAUUCAUUGCCUGCACCGCCUCCAGCGACCCCUAGCGACUCUUUCGAGGCGACCCAUACUCUAGAAAGCAGCCCGCUCUCCCACAUGACCCCUCUACCGGCCUCUGGUCUGUGGCAAUGGACAGCCCAAAUGGAAGGUCGACCCACGUCUCUACCAAUGUUACCGUUCACGACUCGAGGAUUUCGCAACCCCGAUGCGGUUUCGGCUUUCCAUCGCUUCGAGACAACCAUCUCAGCAAACCUCUCCUUCGGCAUUCGAUUCAUGUGCGACGACUACGAACAUUCCGGGGUAAACUUCGGUUUAGCUGCGCUGCAGAUCCUACUCACACAGCUCACUGGUACCGACGACUUCGUGGUUGGUCUGGGUCGAGCUUUGAAAGGCAAGGGCGAUACUAUGCCAGUGCGUUUCAAGGGCGACUCGCAACACACCUCCAACCAACUCUUAGAGCAGACUAAAGCGACCAUGGGCGUGCCUAGACGGUAUCUUCAUGUACCAGUCAAGAACUUGUUAUCCGAGUUGAAUAUCUCGAAGCAGACACUUCUCCAUCAAGUCACCUUCGACUGGAUUGCUCGUGGAUAUCCUACCUCUCCGACUACCGAUAUGUACUUCGAGCAUGUUCAAGACCUCGUCUUAAUUGUACGCGAAGACCUCGACCGCAACCUAGUUGUAUUCGUUGGCCUGGACGAGAAGACGUAUGACAAAGAACAUGCUGAAGUGGUGGCGGAGAUGUACAUCCAAGCAAUGACGCAAAUGGUCGCUCAAAGCCAGACUACUAGCAUCAUCGACAUGGACCUUAUACCCCAAGAAGAGCGUGAGCAAAGUAUGGCGUAUGGCGCCGGGCCUGAGCACCAAGUCUCCUUCAGCAGCAUCCUCGAAAAGCUUCAACAGAUCGCAACAACGACUCCCGAUCGUGUCGCUGUAAAGGACGAACAAAACCAAAAGAUUACCUACGUCAACCUCAUACGUCGCGCGGUCGCCAUGUCUUCCGAUUUGAAGAAGCACGAAGUCGCUCGUGGUACUCCUGUGUGCGUGCUUGGUCCACCAACCAUUGAUCUUCUUUGCAGUAUCAUCGCGAUAUGGUGCGCUGGCGGUGUCUACGUUCCGAUAGAUUACCGCCUGUCCGUUGAUGACAACCUUCCUAUCGCUAAGAACUCCGACACAAUGUUCUGCAUCGUCAGCACGCCAGAUCUAGUUGACUACGCACUGAAACUCCAACUUGGUACCGUGUUCUUCUGCGGCGACAUGGUCUUCACGGAAGGUUUCGACAACAUCGAGGAGCCGCUGCCAGACGAUCUUGCUGUGGGACUGCAUCUUCCGUCGUCCGAUGGUCUGCCAAAAGGCGUCGUUUUGACACACGAGAAUUUGAAGGUGCUUGUGGCUUCCACUGCCUACUACUUCGAAGAAGAGAAGCCGAUCGUAUUGCAGCACAGCAACUGGACGUCGGAGAUGUCGCUCUUCCAGAUUCUGUUCGCCUUGACGUCUGGAGGCACACUCUUCCUAGCCGCAGACUCAUCUCCCGCCAAUGUGACCAAAGUCAUGGUGCACCAGAAGAUCACCACUACUCUUGCUACACCAUCCGACUACUCACUUUGGUUCCAACAUCCUCGUCACAUGCUCAAGGAUUGCAAAUCUUGGAAAUUCGCGUUGAGUGGCGGAGAAAACAUUUCAUCGAGCGUUGUUCGCAACUUCACUGAGCUUCAACUCAACAACCUGGAGCUUGCAAGCUUUUACGGAGCGACUGAGACGACAAUCGCUUCCUCCAUGAGCUUUGUCGACUACAAGGCGUACGCGGGUAACAAAGAAGGCCAGCUCAUCCCUGUGGGAACCGCGUUGCCGAACAACCACAUCUGGGUAGGCGACCAUCUGGGCAGACCACUUCCUGUAGCUUGGACUGGUGAUAUCUGGGUCGCUGGUCCGGGUGUUGGGCCAUGCUACUUUGGCUCUAAGGCCGACGACCAUCGUUUCCAGACACAUUCUGGAACUGGUGUGAAGUGUUUUCGGACAGGAGACUGGGGUUUCAUCAACGAUACUGGGGUACUUUUCGUCACGUCGCGACGCUUGGACGAGUCAACCGCGCAAGUAGGCGGCUUUCACAUCGAGCUUGGAGAUGUCUCGCGGACAAUUGUUGACCAGGCCAAAGGGAGAGUGGUGGAAGCGGCCGUGGUUCUCCACGGUAACGAAGAGCAGGAAGAACCGCAGAUUCUGGCUGUUGUUGUCAUGGCCGGGACAUUCAAUGCUGCAUCGCGCCGGUAUCUGCUGAAGUUGCUUCGCGGACUCAAUCUUCCCGCUUACAUGCGUCCGACCCGCGCCGUGAUAUGGCAGCAGCUACCACGCACGUCUGGAGGAAAGAUUGAUCGUCGUGCCGUGAUGGCAACUGCGAUACCAGAUACCGACAUCAUCCGGGUCAUGUAA